GUUUUGAAAGCUUUAUGUGUUUCUGUCACAAUAUUAACCUUCCUCAAGGAAUCCAACCGAUUGGCGUUCUCCCCGAGUUGGCUUCUGGAGUCAUAUUUUCUUGGUCAUGGCUACUUCUGAUAUUCAAGUGAAGGAACUGGAAAAGCGUGCCUCUGGGCAGGCAUUUGAGCUGAUCCUGAGUCCUCGCUCAAAAGAAGCAGUCCCAGAAUUCCCUCUUUCUCCCCCAAAAAAGAAGGAUGUGUCAUUGGAAGAGAUUCAGAAGAAGUUGGAAGCGGCAGAAGAGAGACGCAAGUCUCAUGAAGCAGAAGUCUUGAAGCAGCUAGCUGAGAAGCGGGAGCAUGAAAAAGAGGUGCUUCAGAAAGCCAUUGAAGAAAACAACAACUUCAGCAAAAUGGCAGAGGAGAAGCUGACCCACAAAAUGGAAGCUAACAAAGAAAACCGUGAGGCACAAAUGGCUGCUAAACUGGAACGCUUGAGGGAGAAGGACAAGCAUAUUGAAGAGGUUCGAAAGAACAAAGAAGGCAAAGACCCCGGUGAGGCUGAAACCGACUGACUUCAUUCUGGAAACUGACUCUCUCCCCCUCCUCUAAAUAUCCAAAGACUGUACUGGCCAGUGGUUUUAUCUUUGGUUUGGUUUUUUUUAAGUUUCUAGAAACUGAUGUAGAACUGUAAGAUUAGAUCCAAACUGUACACUUUCUUUGGGGGCUAGAGGGGAGACCUUACAUGUUUCACUUUUUCUAAAGUGUUGUCUUUCCAGUGUAGCUAUCUUCUUGUUGCAUCCUUUUCUACUCCAGUGUGCUUGCUGCUGGGUUGACGGCUAGUACUGUAUCAGCUCUGUAAGACGUUUGUGAAAGGAAUAUGUAGUUCCAUGCUGAAUAUUUGUUACACUUCAAAAAUCUGACUCUGUCCCAGUCUGCUAAAAUACUGCUGUAACUGAGUGACUAAAUAAAGCUGCACAGUGCUGUUA